GGUCUUCUUUAGUCUCCACUUUCAGUUCUUUCUUACUUGAUCGGUGGCUUUAGUGACACAUGUGUUUUGCUAGGAAACAAAACAAGAGAAGUUAUUGUUGUCACCAAUUCCAAGAACGGCUUUUAACGUUUUCGAUAUUUCAGCCAGAAGUUUAUAUACAUUUUUGGUCAUAAAUAAUGGCUAAUGAGCUCGCUGAAAGCGACAUGAUUGAAUUACGUCCGAGUAGCUUCAAAUUUCACGAUUUCUCGACCAGCGUUUGCGAGGUUAGGAUCAGCUGUCGAAUCAUAAAAAUGGAAGAUAGCCUCUAUGUCUGGGUAGGAGAUUUCGAAGAUUCCAAAAUGAAUGAUUUGACCGUCGCCAUGCCUUCGAAAUACGAAAAACUACCGGUAGCUACAAAAAUAAUGGGAAUGACCGAAGACUCGACUUCCACGAGUUUGGCCAAAAGGCUCACCAAAAAAUGUGGGAAACCGGUCUUUGUCAGCUUCAACGUUGCUGUCAACAACCUUACGCUACCUGUCAUCGAAAAAGCUAUCCAAGACGAGUUCAAUACGCAAAAACACUUACUUGUAUUUUAAUUUUGUACAAAUAAACUAGCUUUACUUAAUAAAACUCUGUAAAAAAUAA